GUUAAACAGGAAGUAAAUACAUCCACUGCAAGGUCGAAUUCCAAAUGGCUCCUUUGUUCCUAUAUAAGUGCACUACAUAGCGUAUGAAAUAACGGCUUUUUAUGCAGUGCACUAUAUAUCCAAAGGAGCGGAAUUUGGGAUUUAACCUGUGGUUCCCAGUUAGCUAGAUGAAAGACUGAACGUUAAUAUAGACAUUAAUGAGACACUAGCAUGGCUUUAAUAGUGAAAGAAACACAGAGCAUCAGAGACGCAGUAACUUUCAUCAACUCUAUAGAGGUCAACAAACUGUCCAGACUUCUCUCUCGCAUUCUUCAGAAACUUCAUCUUAAGGGCGAGCGCUCCUUCAGUGAAGAUGAAGAGCAGAAAUUACAGACUGCUUUGGCUUUAGAGAAACAAGCUCUUCACCUGGUGCUAGAGACGUCCUCAUUCUUAUUAGAACAGGCUGUGCAUCACAAUAUUAAACCGGCAUCUCUGAAGCAGCAACUUGAAAACAUCCACAUUGCCCCAGACAAAGCCGAGGCAUUUAGCCAGGCUUGGGCUACAGCUGGCUCAGAUGUGGUAGAGAAGAUGAGACAGACGAUAUUUGCCCCCAAGAAGCUGGAGCAUAUAGGCUGGCAACUCAACCUUCAGAUGGGCCAGUCAUCACAGGCUAAGCAAAAAGAGCCACACGCCGUGCUGGACCUGGGAGUCAGAGAGGAGGAUGAGUUGGAGCAUCUACAGAAGGUUCAUGUGGAAUUCAGCCACCAGGAACUGUUGGAGUUCUAUAACAAGCUAGAGAUGAUUCAAACCCAGCUGGAUUCACUGACUUGAUGCUGAUGGCACAGUUCAUAAGGGCAAGUGUGCAGUGUAUCAGCCACAUUUCCCUUGAGGCCAGGGUCCAUAUGUCUACAAGAUGUCCCAAAAGUCUCAAUGCAUAGGAGGAAUUAACCUUAUACAUAGUUUAUAUUAUAUAAUAUAUAUUUUUCAGAUAUCCUUUAAGAACGCCUUUGACAAAAGAAGAACGUAUUGAAAUCAUUCUCAUGGCUGGAUCAGGAACCUGUCACAAGGUUGCGAUGGACUUUAAAAAGGAAACAUGGCAAACACAUCACACACGACACUUGCCAAACUUAUUAACAAAUUCAAAAAGACUGGAAGUGUUGUGGAUCAACUGAGAACUAGACAUCCAUGAAUAUCCACUGAUGAAGGCACAACCGACAUGGUACUGGCAAACAUAAUCCCCUAUAUAUGGAGACUUUUGGUACACACUGUAGUGAAGAAGGAUUGGUAUCCUCAGUUUGUUCAUUUCUGUUUAAUUACUGCAUCAUGGUUUAAAAGUCUAUGUCUAAUUUGUCAUCUGUGUGCAUUACCGUUUGUGUGAGUCCGAUACCGUGAAUGAGGAUGAACUCAAAGCAUUAAUGUCAUUCUUAUUGUACCCAGUACAAGGUUAUUGUUAUUAUAAAUAAUGUCCCUGCUGGUUGGAUUGUCAAAUUUUAUUGUAUAACGUGGUGAAGAAAAUGAAAUUGGAAGGAAAAAAAAAAAAAAAACUCUGAAGAAAGUAGUUAUCUUAAGCUCCCUCUCAGUACAUCUAGCUAGAGGUUUAAACAUUUAAAAGUGUGAGUGGAAAGUCACACUCUUGAUCAAAUCACUAAGUGUACUCAAGGGCCUGUGUCAGAUGGCUUUACAGAUUUAACUUUCAUAAAUCUGUCAUAAAAUGUGGCAGUGUGUUCAAUAUGUGCUAACAUUGGCUACAUCACACUCUCCUCUCCACUAAUAGCUGGUUUGUGGUGGGUGUUCUGGUGCGCUAUGGCUGCCAUCACAUCAUCCAGGUGGAUGCUACACUAUACUAGUGGUGGUUGAGCAGAUCCACCCCACCCUACCCCAUACUAUGUAAAGCUAUUUAAUGACUAGAAAAAGUGCUAUAUAAAUGUAACUAACUAACUAAUUGAGAUUUCCUGAAACAAAUGUUCACUCAAGUUCUUUGUGCCAGUCUCUAAAGCGUGUGAUGUUUUAAUAUGAAACGGAUGACUGUCCUAAAAAAAAACCCCAAAAAAGACAAUGAUAUUCUGUGAGCUGUACCUUUUUUAUAUAUAUAUUUUCAUACAUUUCUGUUCUGCAACAGCGACCUAAAUUUUCAUUCAAUUUGUAAUGGAAUCGCUAACGGUGGUGUAUAGCUAAUAAAUGUGUAAUGAUCCCCUGCA